AUGGCAGGCACUCGGUCUUCUUCUCGCCUGGCAGCACAGAGUUCUAGCCCAUCCUCUUCACAAGGGAAAUCGUCAUCUCCCAAAGCCUCUGCCGGCACGAAGCGCAAGCAGGAUUCGGACACCUCACCUGCUGCGAAAAAAGGCAAAACCACGAGCAAGAAAAAGCAGAAGACACUUGAAGAGACUGUCGGAUCUAAUGAUGCCGACCAAGCGGGUGAGAAUGAAGCAGAUACCAAGAACGGAGAUUCGAAGCCGCGCAUAGACAAUAGUGAUAGCAACGGUAAAGAGGAUGCCACCGAAACUCCGACAGCUGACGGCAAGGGCGAUAAGGACGUUGAGAUGAAAGACACCAUCAAGCGCAAUGAAGCAGAAGAGGAGGGUUCGAAGAAGGAUGUCAAUGUGGAGGCUCUGGACUCGAAACCUGAUGCAUCAGGGGAGCCUGAGGAUGGCGCUGUCGAGCCUACCGAGCGUGAAGACGAGACACCGGCUAGCAUACUAGAGAAAGGUAUCAUCUAUUUCUUCUUCCGCGGAAGAGUCGGCAUAGACGAUCCCUCAAGCGUUGAUGAUAUUGCUCGUAGCUACAUGGUCUUGCGACCCUUGCCGCAUGGCGCAAAAUUGGGGGAAGGCGAGAUUGGUGAUGCUGGGAAUUGUCGCCUGCUUGCCUUGCCGAAGAAGGUGUUGCCAGUCAGUGGCAAGGACCGUUUCAUGGUCUUCGUCGAGAAGACCAAGAUGACUUUUAAGGAUCUCAAAGAUUCUUUUCUGUCCGCUUCGGACUACGCCACAAAGACUGCUGGUACACGACAUACCCCAGCAGCUACGCCUGUGGGCGAAGGAAUCUACGCAAUCACAACCACUGGUCGAGAAUCACAUUUAGCUUAUAUUCUCACCAUUCCCGCAGAGCUGAGUGAAGUUCAGCAAGAUAUUGGACUUCGUGAAAGGGGCAGCUUCGUCACCAGUACUAAGAAUCCGAAGUAUCCUGGUCCGGCUAAUGCCAACCUACCUAAAGGCCCUGAUUACCCGAAAGAUGUCCUCGACGAAUUCCGAAGCUUACGAUGGAUGCCGCUCCAGCCAAAGCACCUUGAUUACGUCAAUACGCAAUUCCUGGUCAUCGGUGAAGGUCAGGGAGAUAUCGACAAAGCCACACAGCCGCAAGCCCAGGACGAAAAGGAGGGUAAGGAAAAGCCACUUGAGGAGCUGGAAAACUUGGAGGGCGAGGAUGAAAUUCGAGUCAAACAUCUCAAUGGCGAUGAUGCUGUUUUUGCCGAUCUUCAUAUCAGCUCGAAAGACUACCCAAAAGUGCAAACAACAUGGUAG